UGUACGUUCAUUCGGUCUCUGGCAUCGCCUGCGCAACCAUGCCGGAGAUCGAGGCCACGGCGGCACAGGCGGCGGAGAACGGCGCGCUGUUCGGGAAAUACGAGCUCGGGCGCAUGCUGGGGUGCGGCGCGUUCGCGAAGGUGCACUACGCCCGCAACGUGCAAACGGGGCACAGCGUGGCCGUUAAGAUCAUAAACAAGAAGAAGCUGGCCGGAACGGGCCUGGCCGGGAACGUGAAGCGCGAGAUCGCGAUCAUGAGCAGGCUCCACCACCCGAACAUCGUGCGCCUCCACGAGGUGCUGGCCACCAAGUCCAAAAUCUACUUCAUCAUGGACUUCGUUCGCGGAGGGGAACUCUUCGCCAAAAUAUCCAAGGGCAGAUUCUCCGAGGAUCUCAGCCGCAGGUACUUCCACCAGCUCAUCUCCGCCGUCGGCUACUGCCACUCCCGCGGCGGUUUCCACCGUGACCUCAAGCCCGAAAAUUUACUCCUCGACGAGAAUGGGGAUCUCCGGGUCUCCGAUUUCGGCUUGAGUGCCGUCAGGGAUCAGAUCCGACCCGAUGGACUGCUCCACACUCUUUGCGGCACCCCUGCUUACGUGGCACCCGAGAUUUUGGCCAAAAAAGGUUACGAUGGUGCCAAGGUUGAUGUAUGGUCAUGCGGGGUGGUUUUGUUCGUUCUGGCAGCGGGUUACCUACCUUUCAACGACCCGAAUUUGAUGGUAAUGUAUAAGAAAAUCUACAAGGGCGAGUUCCGGUGUCCGCGGUGGAUGUCGCCGGAGCUGCGGCGGUUUUUGGCGAAGUUGCUGGACACCAACCCGGAAACGAGGAUCACCGUGGAUGGCAUGACCCGUGACCCGUGGUUCAAGAAGGGUUACAAAGAGAUCAAAUUUCACGAGGAGGAUUACCAACCCGGUUCGGUCCGGUUCGGGCCCAAGGACGAGAGGGUGCUCGAUUUGAACGCCUUUGACAUCAUUUGUUUCUCUUCCGGUUUGGAUUUGUCCGGUUUGUUCGGCGCCUCGGUCGAGGGGGAGCGGCUCGUGACGCCUGAGUCGCCGGAGAGGGUUCUGGCCGCCGCGGAGGACGCCGGGGCCGCCGCGGGGAUGGCGGUGCGCUGGAAGAAGGAGUGUGGGGUCGAGUUGGAAGGGCUCAACGGGAGGUUCGGGAUCGGGGUGGAGGUUUACCGCCUCACGCCGGAGCUCACGGUGGUGGAGGUCCGGAGGAGGGGCGGCGACGCCCUGGAGUUGAGGGCUGUGUGGGAGGAGAGGCUGAAGCCUUUGUUGGUUGGCGGUGCGACGACGUCGUCUCAUGGUGGACAACUGCUAUUAUAACAACAUGGAACUUGGAAGGUAGUGGUUAUGUAUUAUUUUAUGAUUUUUUUUGUAUAUUGGUGAAUAAAAGAGAAUUGUGUAUUAUUAUUAUUUAUUUAAUUUUGGGGGCAGUGAGAGAGAGGGAGGGAUAGGGUAUGUUGUUGCUGGGAAUUGAAUUUGCUCCUUGUUCUUACAAAAACAUUUGUGUAUAUUGAAUAUUGUAAGUGAAAGUGAAGUGAAGCAUUGUCCACAAUUUGAACCUUGUACUUGUACUUUUACAUGAUGGGUGAGGAACUUACAGAAGCAUGUUUAGUAGUUUUGUUUUGCAUAUUAGUGUGUUUCUGCUUUUUUUUUCCUGCAUUUUGCAUUAAUAGAGUUUUAUUUGUUUGCUGUGAAAUGUCUUUACUGAUUUUUGU